CCAGGUUGUCCCCUCUGGAGAGGGCUGCUGUGUCGUCUGCCGUAGCCGCCGUCAUCAUGCUUUGCGACAUGGAGGUGGAAGGUGAACGGCGGUGGGCACGGCCACGCGGUUGACGAAGGAAGCUGAUGCCGCCGGCGACGUCUGAAGGGUUGGACAGCACUGCCAUCUGUGACGUCGUGUUGGAGGUAUGCUGUGCACUGGGGUGUGGGGCACUACCAAGGGCGACGCCGAGGUGGUGGGUAAAAAGGAGGACGGGGCGAACUUGGGAGGAUCUUCGGCCUGCAGACGACGCCACUGACGACUACUUCCGCGACAAGUUACGAAUGUCUCCACGUGUAUUCCGCGAGAUCGUCGAGAACCUGUCGCCGAUUCUCCAGCGACGUGUGACGUUCUAUAGAGAGUCGUUGCAACCAGACCACAUCGUCGCCUACGCGCUGUACAGGUGGGCGUCGGGCGGGACAUACGAGAGCAGUAGCUGCAACUUUGGAAUCGGCAGGGCUUCAGGUUUGGUGGCCGUCCGGUCCGUCACUGCUGCGCUGCUCUCGGUGUACAGGGAGAAGGUGGCGUGGCCGACCGGGGUGCGGAAGGCGAUCGUUCUGCGUGCUUUUGCAGACAAGGGUUUCCCGAACUGCCACGGGUGCAUCGACUGCACCCAUAUCUAUGUGGACAAGCCGGCGAACGCACCUGCGGAAGACUACUACGUCCACAACAUACGAUUCUCCGUGGUGGCCCAAGUGGUGGUCGACUUGGACUUGCACAUCCUCGACGUGUUCGUGGGCUAUCCGGGGAGCUGCCACGACGUCAGGAUCAUCCAUCUCUCCAGUCUAUGGUCGCGGGCGGCGGCGGGAGAGUUGUUCAGAGGGCCUCCUGUGCUGCUACCGUUUCAAGUGCAGACGAAUGGUUAUCUGCUGGCCGACAAUGGUUACCCGCCGAGCGAAUGGAUUGUUGUCCCCUUUGGCCGCGCGGCGCAGUCCCCACUGGAGACCCGUUUCGACAACAAGCAGAAGAUCGUGAGGGGGGCGGUGGAGAGGGCCUUCGGGAGACUGAAGGGAAUGUGGCGCUUGUUCCUAGGCUCGCACAAGACGAACAUGGAGACCUUGCCCCAGCAGUUCAUGGCCGUCUGCAUCUUGCACAACAUCCUGAUCGACGUUGACAUCCCUUUCGACGAGAACUUGCUGUGGGAGGUCGACGCCAAUUGAGUGCGUCGUCGGGUGGAUCUCGGGAUCCAUCCCCCCCCCAGGCCAUUGUGCAUGGAAACC